UUAUUCCCUCACAUGAGGAUGUGUUGUUGUCAAAUGUCCGCACACGCGGAUCGGACUUGGCUCGGCCAGCGUCCCGAGUAAUUUCCUCAGGUGAGGAUGUAAUGUUGUCAGAUCUCCGCACGAGCGGAAUGGACUUCGAUUCUUCCGCUGUCAAGUUAUUGAAUGAACUCAGCGUAUGUACGUUCGUCACGGAUUCCCCAGCGGAUCGGCCAACACCCAGCGUAGCAGACUUCGCGAGUUGGCAUGCUCGGGUUCGACAGUCAGGCGUACCCAAUUUUAAGUCCGAGCGCAUUCCGGUACCCACCAAGCUACACGUUUCCGCAUGGCGAGGUCUCCUAGAUGGUUUUCAUGACACUGUCUUAUGUGACUUCCUGGAGUUCGGCUUUCCAGUUAAUUACGAGUCAUCCGCACAACCGCGAGUGCCGCGCACCAACCACCCCUCGGCUUUGCAGUACUCCAGUCAUGUGGACAGGUUCAUCAGCACCGAGUUGUCGCACGGAGCAACAAUAGGGCCGUUGUCGCCGGCCACAUUCAGUCCCGGUUUGGUGUGCAAUCCGUUGCAGACGGUUCCGAAGAAAGCCUCUCCGGAUCGUCGCAUCGUAGUGGACUUUAGUUACCCGCCCGGGUCUUCAGUUAACGACGGGAUCCCCACCGGGACCUAUCUCGGUCAGCCGCAUCGGCUUCGCUACCCCUCCAUGGAUGAUUUCAUUGCGUUAGUUGUCAACUGGGCCGGCAGCAGGAUAGUAGUCAUGUGUGACAAUGAAGCAUCGGUUACUGUGUUGAACUCUGGCCGGAGCCGCUCCCCGUUCCUCCAAACCUGCUUACGGAAUCUGUGGCUCUGUGCGGCCGUAGGGCAGUUCGAGCUUCGCGCCAUUCACAUCCCUGGCCUCGAGAAUCGUCUUGCUGAUCACCUCAGUCGCUGGACGUCUUCCAACUACCACCAGAACGAGUUUCUGCGUUUAUCAGCACACAUGCACGUCUGUGAGGUAGAAGUAUCGUUGCAGCACUUCGAUUUACUGACUCAGUUGUAAUUUUACAGGUCAUCACAC